AAAACAAAGAAUAAAGUUAUUAAGCUUAGAAAUGAAAGAAAGAAGAAAAAAAAGCAUAUAAAACAGAUUGAGAGAAAGUUAAUGACAGAUACAUCACAGAAAUUUAAAGUGAAGACAAGAGAUAAAGAAUUUAACAUAGAGCCGAUUUUACAGACGGCCAGAAACAACCAUCUUUUGGCCGGCUAUCUCAAUUUUCCAGCACAAUUUUUUCUAACCCCAUUCCUUAGCCCAUCCCUUUAAAAUCUUCUUCAUCCAAACAUUCAUUACUACUACUACUAUAAUUCAUUUUCAUUCUUUUUUUCUUCUUCCAAUUAAUCCACCACCAUUAAUAAUUUAUAUAUAUCUUUGCUUGCUUCUUCACUUAUACACAUCUUAUAAUUCUUAAUUAUCUUUUGUACUUGCAUCAUUUUUUUUCCAUGGCUAAAAUAUCAAAGAAGCAAAUACAGAAAGACAAUGCAAGCAAUGAUAACAAUAAUUUGAAUGUAAGUAACACCGUAGUCACCAAGGCAAAACGGACUAGGAAAACUGUCCCUAGAAGUACUCCACCUCAACGGAGUUCAAUAUACAGAGGAGUCACUAGGCAUCGUUGGACCGGUCGAUAUGAAGCUCAUUUGUGGGACAAGAAUUGCUGGAAUGAGUCUCAGAACAAGAAAGGAAGACAAGUCUACCUUGGUGCUUAUGAUAAUGAAGAAACGGCAGCACAUGCUUAUGAUCUAGCAGCAUUGAAAUAUUGGGGUCAAGAAACCAUUAUUAAUUUUCCGUUAUCAAAUUAUCAGAAUGAACUGAAAGAAAUGGAUGGUCAAUCAAGGGAAGAGUAUAUUGGAUCCUUAAGGAGGAAAAGCAGUGGAUUUUCUCGGGGAGUUUCUAAAUACAGAGGUGUUGCAAGACAUCAUCAUAACGGAAGAUGGGAGGCUAGGAUUGGCAAAGUUUUUGGCAAUAAGUAUCUUUAUCUCGGAACCUAUGCUACUCAAGAAGAAGCAGCUACAGCCUAUGACAUGGCAGCUAUUGAAUACCGUGGACUUAAUGCCGUUACCAAUUUCGAUCUCAGUCGUUAUAUUAAGUGGCUUAAGCCCAACAACAAUAACGAUGAUAAUCAUUUUGACGUUAACUCUAAAUGUAAUAGUAUCAAUGACCAAAACUCUAAUAUUGAAGAAUUAGAUUUGAGCUUCGUUGACAAUCAAGCAUCACUAAAAAAUAAUACUAUUGAUGAAGCCACGUUGGUUCAACCUCGACCAACUAGUGCCACGUCAGCUCUAGAGCUUUUGCUCCAAUCAUCUAAGUUUAAGGAAAUGGUUGAAAUGGCUUCCGUCACUAAUUUGACAACAACGUUGGAGUCUGAUCAAUUGUCACAAUGUGCAUUUCCUGAUGACAUUCAAACAUAUUUUGAAUAUGAAGAUUUCAAUAGAUUUGAAGGAGAUCAUGAUAACAUGUUCCACGACCUCAACUCCAUUGCGCCUAUGUUCAACUGUGAUGACUUAAUUUGAUUUUAAUUAUAACUUAUUUUCAAAAGUAUUUUUUAUUUUUUUCAUUUUUUAAUUAUGUUAUUUAUUAUUUAUAAGACCGACAUCGGCCCUUUAUCAAUUUUAACUUAGGAUUUAUGCUUUUAGAAGAAUAAAUUGUCAUUGGCAAAAAUCAAAUGUCAACUAAUUCUAUUAAAUUUUACUGUAUCACUGGUGCAAAAAAAUAUUUUACAAUGAGUUUUUCAUAGUGGUGGUUAUAUACA